AUGAGCAAGAAAGGGGAUUUUGCCGCCGUCCGAAAGGAUAUUAUUGGCCUUUUACACCAACCAGAAUAUGACGAUGGCAGUGCUGGACCAGUUCUUGUGCGCUUAGCAUGGCAUUCGGCUGGAACAUACGAUUCUGAAACAGAUACAGGUGGAUCCAAUGGAGCCGGUAUGCGAUACGAGAGUGAAGGAGGAGAUCCAGCAAACGCUGGUCUUCAACACGCGAGAGUCUUCCUCGAACCAGUCAAGGCCAAGCAUCCCUGGAUAACAUAUGCGGAUCUCUGGACAUUAGCAGGAGUUGUGGCGAUCAAAGAAAUGGGUGGACCAGAUAUCCCAUGGCAAGGUGGACGAACAGAUUAUGUCGAUGAUUCAAAAUUGCCCCCGCGAGGACGUCUACCCGAUGCAGCACAAGGAUCCGAUCAUCUUCGAUGGAUUUUCUACCGCAUGGGAUUUAAUGAUCAGGAAAUCGUGGCGCUGAGUGGAGCUCAUAAUCUGGGACGAUGCCAUAGCGACCGAUCUGGGUUCGAGGGAGCUUGGGUUAAUAAUCCUACGAGAUUUUCGAAUCAAUACUACAGACUUUUGCUUUCUCUUCAAUGGCGCAAGAAGAAGUUGGCGAAUGGAAUCGAACAAUUCGUCAACUAUGAUGAGGAUACCGAGACGGAAUUGAUGAUGCUUCCAACAGAUUUGGCUCUGACGCAAGAUAAGGAGUUCAAGAAAUGGGUCGGAAAAUACGCAGAUGAUAAGGAAAAGUUCUUUGAAGAUUUCAGUAAAGUCUUUGCAAAGUUGAUUGAGUUGGGUAUUCAAAGAGAUAGCGAGGGUAAUAUUACAAACUUGGAUAAUGAAAAGGGUGGGUAUCAUUCAGCACCCAAGAAGAAGGAUACUCCUGGUAGUCCAGCGAAGAACACAGAUGAUAAGAAAGUGGAUGUUAGCGAGGCUGCACCAUUGCAAGAGGAGAAUAAGAAAUUCAAGUCGAAGUUGUAG